CCCGCUGUCGUGCCAGUUGACUUGGUGCCCGCUGUCGAGCUUGGUGACCCGGUACCCGCGGUUCUGCUAGAUGGCUCGGUGCCCGCUGACAUGCCCGUUGACUCGGUGCCCGCUGUCGAGCUUGGUGACCCGGUACCCGCGGUUCUGCUAGAUGGCUCGGUGCCCGCUGACAUGCCCGUUAAUUUGGUGCCUGCUGUCGAGCUUGGUGACCCGGUACCCGCGGUUCUGCUAGAUGGCUCGGUGCCCGCUGACUUGCCAGGUGACUCUGUGCCCGCGGUUCUGCUAGAUAGCUCGGUGCCCGCUGACGUGCCCGGU